CACUUGAUUUAUUUCAGGCGCUCGCGCUCUCCCUCGCCAAACGCCGCGCUACGAUUCGAGUGGAUGAUACCGCGAAAGAGAUUCUCACUCUAAAUCAGUCCGCCAUUUUCUCUUUCUCCAGCGAAAGGACUUCGCUUAUUGGGCCAAAAAGAAAAGAGGGAAAACACAGAAUCUCUGCUCAACUCUUAUUAUGAUGGAUUAAGUUUCCCGGCUUCAACUAAUUCCUCAGGGAUCAUCCCGUUGUUUUUUGUUUGAAGGAGAAUAGAGAUUAAAGAUGAGUCAACAACCAUCAGUUGUUCUGGCUACUGCAAGCUACGAUCACACAAUUCGUUUCUGGGAAGCAAAAAGCGGGCGCUGCUAUCGAACAAUCCAGUACCCUGAAUCGCAAGUGAACAGGCUUGAGAUUACACCUGAUAAGCGCUACCUGGCUGCAGCCGGAAAUCCUCAUAUUCGACUGUUUGAUGUCAAUGCAAACAGCCCUCAGCCAGUGAUGAGCUAUGAUUCACACACUAAUAAUGUAAUGGCUGUUGGAUUUCAAUGCGAUGGAAAUUGGAUGUAUUCAGGAUCUGAAGAUGGCACUGUGAAGAUUUGGGAUUUAAGAGCACCAGGGUGCCAGAGAGAAUAUGAAAGUCGUGCAGCAGUUAACACAGUGGUUUUGCACCCCAAUCAGACUGAACUGAUCUCUGGGGACCAAAAUGGUAAUAUCCGAGUCUGGGAUUUGACAGCAAAUUCUUGCAGUUGUGAGUUGGUACCAGAAGUCGAUACAGCAGUGCGAUCCUUAACUGUAAUGUGGGACGGCAGCUUGGUGGUUGCAGCAAAUAACCGUGGAACAUGCUAUGUGUGGCGUUUAAUGCAAGGAACGCAGACUAUGACCAACUUCGAGCCACUUCAUAAACUUCAAGCUCAUGAUCAAUAUAUACUUAAGUGUCUGCUUUCACCAGAAUUGUGUGAGCCUAAUCGGUAUCUGGCUACUGCAUCUUCGGAUGGUACUGUCAAAAUAUGGAACGUGGAUGGUUUUACGUUGGAAAAAACACUAGUAGGUCACCAGCGCUGGGUUUGGGACUGUGUUUUCUCCGUCGAUGGUGCUUUCCUAAUCACAGCUUCAUCGGAUUCAACUGCAAGAUUGUGGUCCAUGUCCACCGGUGAGGAGAUCAAAGUCUACAAAGGACAUCAAAAGGCAACUGUGUGCUGUGCUCUUCACGAUGGGACUGAGCCUUCAUGAUGAAUGUGGAACUACCCCUUCGUCCUUGCCCUGUUUCACAUCGAAACUCUGUAGUGCCAUCGUGCACGCUGAUGGAGUUGCUGACAACGUCAUUUCACGUGGUCAUAUGUGUGUUGGGAGUUUUCCUGAUUGUCUUUCAGUUUGCGUUGUGUGAAUAUCUGUCUUUUUUAGUGAUUUUCAUCACCUUCUGAAAUUUUCUUUUUAGGGGUAGACUUCUUGUUGAAUCAAUGUGUCGAUUAUUGCAGUUCUUUCUUCUCAUGGAUUAUUACCAAUUUAUCACUUGUACUU